AUGUCAAAAUUAUUAAACAAGAUGUUCUUCGAACAACAUUGUCUAUUUCUCAGUGUGGCUAUACGAUAUCCCCUAGAUCCACAAUUAACAAAUAUCGGUUAUAAUAGGUUACUUUAUAAUACUUUGUCCACGUUUAGUGAUGUCCUGUAUUGUAAACCUAAUUUUAUUGGAAAUACGAGGACGUUAUCAAAGUUUCCCAUCAUGGAGUUAGUGCUCGCAACAAAUGAAAUAAAUAAGUUAUCUAAAGUUAUGUCAAGUUUGAUAGGUUUGGAUGCUGGAGAAGGUAGUGUAGAUCAACAUGUAGAUGACGAAUUUCAACAAACUGAAAGACUGAAUGAGAUAUUUUCUAGUUUACAAGGUGGAGAUGAAAAUGUGAAUAGCAUUAAAAAUGAUAAGAAAAAAUUUGAUGAAAACCAAUACCUGACAUAUAUAGACAAUAUGUGCUUAAAUAAAUCCAAGAUGGAUCAAAUCGAAACUAUAACGUUAAAUAAUAUGGAAAAUAUCGCUCCAAAUUUUACAUUGUCUGCUGCCGAUAAAACUCUCAACAAACGUAACAAUGAACCAAAACAUAGUAAGAGCAAUAUCCGGCAUAUAUUUGACAAUAGUCUUAAGGGUAGUCCACUUCUGGGCCUGAAGACGUACUAUUUUGUCGAUUAUAAUACAUUACCUUUACAUUUAAAAGAAUGGCUCAAUAGCAUUGAACACUCAGACAAUUUUAAGAAAUUGGCAGAUACCUCUAGUUCAAAGGACUCCAAAACUUUGAACUUAUUGCUUCAUGGUUUUAAAGGUUUAAAAAAAUUGUAA